AUGAUAGACAGAGUAAUAAUAGGUUAUACCAAAAGUAAACUGGUCUAUGCAAUGCAAGUACGUUUCUUGCAGCAAGAUUCUUUGUCUAAACCCAAGAAAUACGAGUACCCAUUAGUUUAUGAUCCGUAUGGCUAUAGACCCCAGCCUUCAAGCAAGAUCAUGGAGAUAGCUGAGCGUAUAGCUGCAUUGUCUCCACAAAAGAGGAAAGGAAUCAGUCCUGCACUCAACGAACACCUGGGGCUUCCUAAACAGCAGAUGAUUUCGACUCAAGGGAUGAGUAUGGGAGCGAAACAAGAAGCUGGAACGGGAAAAACAGAGGAGGAGAAGGAGGAGAAGACGGUGUUUGAUGUGAAGCUGGAGAAGUUUGAUACAGCUGCAAAGAUCAAAGUGAUAAAAGAAGUGAGAGCGUUCACGAGUUCUGGUCUCAAGGAAGCGAAAGAGCUUGUGGAGAAAGUACCGGUGGUGAUUAGACAAGGUCUGACGAAGUGACGGCGUUCACGAGUUCAUAUCUUUUAAAUAA